GUCCCGUCAUCCACUCACCCUAACCCGCACUACCACAUGCUUUUCUAACUAGCUACUUUAGUAGUUUGAUAAUCCCGCACACACAAGAUGGCCGAUUCCGACUCUUGGGACGCGGACAACUUUGAGCCAAAUGAGCCGAUAAAAACGACAGCGCUGCAGGACAGAUGGGAGGGCGAAGACGAGGAGGACGACGUAAAGGAUAACUGGGAUGAUGAUGAGGAGGAGGAACCGAAGGAGGAGGAGGAGGAGGAGGAGAAAAAAACAGAGGUGAAACCUCCAGAGAAAAGAAAGAUGAGUGCUAAACUCAAAGAGAAAGAAUGUGAGAAAGAACCUGAGAAGCUGAGCAUGAGGAUACAAGAGUCACAGCCCAGUGUCCAACUGACCUCUGAGGAGCAAGCAGCUGAGAAACUGCGUCUGCAGAAGCUGCAGGAGGAGUCUGACAUGGCGCUAGCCCGGGAAGCUUUUGGUGUUGAGACAACGGCAACCACACAUAGUGCCUCUAGAAUUGAAGCCAUGUGUCCAUCAACUAAAGACGAUUUUGUAGCUUUUGAGAAAUUGCUGCGAGACAAGAUAUCUCAGUUUGAUAAGUCAGUGCAUUAUUGCAGCUUCUUGGAGUCACUGUUUCGGGAGCUUUGCAUUUCAUUGGAGGUAGAUGACUUAAGAAAGAUCAGUAACUCUCUGUCGGUUCUUCUCAGUGAAAAACAAAAGCAGGAAAAGGAGAAAGCCAAAGGCACAAAGAAGAAGAAGAAAAAUGUUCUUGCCGGUGGUGGUUUAAAAGCAAAACAGAAAGACGACCUGGAUGAUUAUGGGGACUUUGAUGGAGGAUACAAUGAUUACGAGGACUUUAUGUGACAAAGGCUCAUCCCCACACCCCACCUUGUCCUAACCUUCCUCUUGCCCGCUGUACCCUAACUGGUCCUCACAUAUUCAGCAUCCCUUCACAUACAUCAGUGCCAUCCUGGAGUAAACAGAACACUGUCAACGCUUUACAUUGCUUCAGUGGUCAAAAUAACUCUUGGCGAAGCUGCUAUCACCAAUAUUGUCCUUUGGUGACAAAAGGAAAAUAUCAAAUUGCCUUGUAUUUACAGCUCUGCCUCCAACAAAGACUUUAGGACGAGACAUUUUUUGCACAAGUGUCUUUUCUCAUUGGCCUAAGUGUGGAUUACAAUGCCUUAUAGAUCACAUUGUAGAAAUCAUGUUUAUUUUUAACUGAAAUGGCUGAAGGUGUUAACCUCUGCAAUUUUAAAUACAUAGAAAAGAAUGUGAUAUUCUAUGCAAAAUAAUUGUGUACAGCACAUCUGGAUUGAAAGUAUGGAUAUAUUACUGUUAAUGUGGAUGUUUCCACAGAGUAGAAUAUUGUAUCUAUAUUUUGAUCACCACUUGUCCGUAACAGCAGCUGCACAUAAUUCAACCUUUUUAUUUCUGUACAAAUCAGCAUUUACAGACACUACACGGAGAGAAGUGGUGGUAUACUGUUUUGAAAAAGGGAUGUAAAAGCUAAAGUACAUGUAAAUUUAACCUACAGUUUCAUGAAUAACUUUCACAAGCUGAAAGGUUUUUUGUUUUUUUUUCCUAGAGGUAUGCUGUUAAAGGAGUGUGUAUUUUCGUUUAAAUUCUCUGCUCUCAUGCUGGUAGAUUUAAAUCACUACUAAUGCAGGAAUGUGGGGCUCAGACAUUUGUUAUAGCUUCUGCAAGCUUGUAUCAAGUAAGAGAAGGAGCAAGCUUACUGGCUACACA